AUGGUUAGAACUGACUACCAAUAUGGUUUAAUUCCUGAGGUUGUAAAAGCAUUAACCAAUUUACAUUAUAGAUAUAGUAAUGAAACGCCAAAAAUGUGGUGUUCCUGUAUUCGUGUUCUGUUUAAGAAACUUCUCGAAUAUAAUCCAAGAUUCUUCUCAAAGAAUGAAUACAUUCAUAUGAUUGAAAGAGAAUAUAAAGAUGGGGAAUUUAGACCUGGGGAGCGUACAUCUCACAUUUACUGCACU